GUUUGGUUGCUUCCAGCUACCAAUGAGAGUCUUGCGAGUGAAAAAGUUGAGUUUCGUCUUCCACAAAGCCUUUAUAUACAAGACCACAGCCAGGAAAGAGCCCUCCUUGCACCAGAGGCUGCUCUGCAAGAGCUGCUGUGUACUUCUGUGAGCGAGAAGGUCAAGGUGAUCUGAAGAAACUAGAGAUGGCCUCUCCGCCCGUUGUUACAACCCAGCCUCAGUAUGGCGUGCCUGUUUCGUCCGUAUCAAUAAAUACGUGGCAGACAGGCCUGAUGGACUGUUGCACUGACUGUGCAGUGUGCUUCUGCGGGAUGUUCUGCUUUCCUUGUCUUGCCUGUCAGGUGGCUGGGGAUAUGGGUGAGUGCUGCUUGUGCGGUACCAGUGUGGCGAUGAGGACCCUCUACCGCACCAGAUACAAUAUCCCGGGAUCCAUUUGCUCUGAUUGUUGUGUCACCAUGUGUUGUCCUGUGUGCUCCGUUUGUCAAAUAAAGAGAGAUAUUAACAGGAGGAGAGCACGUGGCAUAUUCUGAUCGGCCGUGGGCUCCAGCGUUCCUGUCCCCGUCCCAUGGCGGAUGCCAUUGGCCUUUCCGGGUGCUGCAGAGUCGCUACAUGCCGGAGUCGCCAGCUGCGCUUUCGGUUUGGAAACGUGCCAUGGAUGCUUUUGCUUGAUUGUUACUGCUUCCUCUUUUCCACGUUACAAUCAUCAAUAAACCGCACUGCUUGGCUUCACUUGCA